AUGUGUAGUGGAGGACUAAGUGGGGGUGACGAUGACACGUCCAUGUGUAGUGGAGGACUAAGUGGGGGUGACGAUGACACGUCCAUGUGUAGUGGAGGACUAAGUGGGGAUGAUGAUAACACUUCCAUGUGUAGUGGAGGACUAAGUGGGGGUGAUGAUGACACGUCCAUGUGUAGUGGAGGACUAAGUGGGGGUGAUGAUGACAAGUCCAUGUGUAGUGGAGGACUAAGUGGGGGUGAUGAUGACACGUCCAUGUGUAGUGGAGGACUAAGUGGGGAUGAUGAUAACACUUCCAUGUGUAGUGGAGGACUAAGUGGGGGUGAUGAUGACACGUCCAUGUGUAGUGGAGGACUAAGUGGGGGUGAUGAUGACACGUCCAUGUGUAGUGGAGGACUAAGUGGGGGUGAUGAUGACACGUCCAUGUGUAGUGGAGGACUAAGUGGGGAUGAUGAUGACACGUCCAUGUGUAGUGGAGGACUAAGUGGGGAUGAUGAUAACACUUCCAUGUGUAGUGGAGGACUAAGUGGGGGUGACGAAGACACGUCCAUGUGUAGUGGAGGACUAAGGUAG